CAGAGGCGUAGCUUAAAAGAGUGAAGAGGAGACACAAGCAGAACACUAUUUCAGUUUUUUUUUUUAAAGGUGCAUCAUGAGGACCGGGAUCGCCCUCCAGCUGGGCUUCUGUAGCCUGUGUCUAACUCUGGCUCUUCUCGGGGAAGGGAUGGGAGAGGUGAUUGCUGAUCCAGCGCCUGUGGACUGCGUGUGGAGCCGCUGGUCACCGUGGUCCUCUUGUGAUCCCUGCUCUCAGUCUAGGAGGCGUUCCCGAGGUGUAGAAGUAUUUGGCCAGUUUGACGGUCAGGCCUGCCAGGGAUCACUAGGGGAGAGGGAGUACUGCGUAGCCAACACUCAGUGUCCCGUUCCCCCUGCACCUGAAUGCCAAGACAGCGAGUUCCAGUGCGAGUCAGGAACUUGCGUUAAGAAGAGGUUAAUGUGCAACGGGGACUACGACUGUGAAGAUGGAGCAGAUGAGGACUGUGAUCCUCUGCGUAGGCCCUGUGGAACGGUACAACUGGACAACAAUGAGCAAGGCAGGACAGCGGGAUAUGGAGUCAACAUCUUGGGCGCAGAGCCUCGAAUGAACCCAUUCUACAAUGAUUACUUCAACGGGAGGUGCGAUCGAGUGAGGAACCCAACCACUGGGAGGUAUGACAGGCUUCCUUGGAAUGUCGGCGUGCUCAGCUAUCAGACUCUAGUGGAGGAAACUGUCUCCAGAGAAAUCUACGAGCAAAAAGACACCCUCCUGAGGGAAAUGCUGACCGAGGUUAAUUUUAAUAUUGAUGUGGGACUUUCUUUCAAAUUCACCCCAACUGAGAAGUCCUUAUCCAAUGCUACUAUAAAUGCGGGUGCAGACUUUGGAUAUGGAAAGAAAGAAAUCAUUAAGAAGGUCACAGAGUACUCUAACAUUAAGAAUAAGAGCUUCAUGAGAGUAAAGGGAAAGGUUCAGCUGAGCACUUACAGGAUGCGCUCCCGUGACCUGAAGGUGGCCGAUGAAUUCCUGGUGCAUGUCCAGUCUUUGCCUCUGGUGUACGAGAAGGGCAUUUAUUUUGCCUUCUUGGAGGACUAUGGAACCCACUACACCAGAAAUGGGAAGUCUGGCGGCGAAUAUGACUUGGUUUAUAUUCUCAACCAGGACACCAUCAAGGCAAGAAAUCUGACGGAGAGAACGAUUCAAGAUUGUGUCAAAUUAGGCAUCAACGCUGGUGUUGACUUACCAAGUGGAUCUGGAGGAAAAGGAAGCGUCAAACUUGAUCACUGUAAACCUGUAACGACAAAGGACGAAGCUUCCAGGGAAGGAAAAGCAGUGGUGGACCAGGUGAUGACAUCAGUCAAGGGAGGGACUAUACAAGCUGCUGCUGCUAUGAAUGCUAAGUUGAAUAAGGAAGGGGUGAUGGAUGUCGCGACCUUCCAGCAAUGGGCUGCUAGCAUCCCAGAUGUCCCUGCACUGCUAACCAGUGAGCCAGAGCCGAUCCACAUGUUGGUCCCGCUGACCAUGCCGGACGCCAACACCAGGAUAUCGAACCUGAAGCAGGCCACAACGGAGUACGUCGCAGAAUACAACAUCUGCAAGUGUAAGCCUUGUCAGAACGGAGGCACCCUCACUCUGCUCGAUGGACGCUGUGUGUGUCUGUGUCCCCUCCUGUUUGAGGGCAAGGCCUGCCAGAAUUUCAAGAGCGAUAAAGCUGGACACCAAACAGGUCAGAGGCCACCUGUUGUGCAUGAGGGCAACUGGUCAUGCUGGUCCUCCUGGACCGGCUGUACCUCAGGGACGCGCAGCAGGACGCGUUACUGCAAAAAAGAUGGGGUGGAAGGAGCUACAUGCAGAGGAGACGAUAGCAGUCAAGACUACUGUUAAACCGACGACGACAAUUUAACAAACGUAACUGCUGACGUAACAACUGAUUUUGUGAUUUAACCUCCUGAGACCCAAGAAUUUAUUUGGAAUUUCUUUAAGAUUUGUAGGGAUUAGUAGGUAUAAAAAAAAAAAAAAGCAUCAACUUUAAACUGGCGGUUUAAAAAAAAAAAAUGUGAACAUAGGGAUUAUUUCACUGUAUAUUACAAGUCCCCAAUGUUUACCAAAAUAUAAAACUGAAUUGGAAACAACGAAAUCCCAACGUCCUCAAACGUGCACUUGUGAAUUUCUUAAAUUUGCAUGUCAUAUUAAAACUAGAAAAGCAUAAAUCAGGGGCCAAUGACCCCCAAACUGAUUGAGAGAUUAAGUAGGGACCCCCUACCUAAUAUAUGUGUUCUAUAUUAAACUCGGCCUAGUGCUAUUCAUAAAUAUAAUUACGGCUUUGCAUUCAAUAUUAAGCUAUUCAAAGUAAACGCAGGCUCAAAUAUUUCGUUUUUUAAUUUCAAACAUGUGCAACAGCAGGGUGGCCAGUUGCAGGGAACCAGACAGAGUCAGCGUGUGAUAUGCAACCUUGUGAUUGGCUCAGCAGCGAUAGGGGCGGGACUUAAAUGUGUGGGAGAAAAUUUUUAAAAAGUGUAUGAAAAAUGUCUAAUCAACCAAUUUUGCAACAAGCGUACUGACCCCUCGCUACCAGCACAUGGCAGACAAGAGCGUCCCCAUAUGAGGACGCAGGGUCUCAGGAGGUGGAGAAUAUUUCAUAAUUUUUUACUAGAAAGUCAAAUGAAAUAAACAGGUUCUACAGAA